AUGUUCGCACUACAAUACCGCUGUGUACGCCUGUACCCGUCGUAUUUGAGAUUAGCGAAAAUGAGUCAAGUCGGAGAAAUGGGAAGUGGUGCCGGGAAGGGAGGCGGUGGUGGUGGAGCGAUUCGAGAAGCUGGUGGAUCUUUCGGUAAAAUGGAAGCGGCCCACGAAGAGGAAUACUUCUACAAGCAGCAGCGCGAACAGCUGGCUAAACUAAAGACGUCCACGGAUAGCGAUGGGGCGGCGAAAUCAACUUCCGGUGGCCAAAAGUAA